AUGUCUCCCAUAAUAGGGGCGGUCAUUGUACUCUCCAUUGCGGCCUAUCUAAUCCGGCGGAGACACAGAAAGGGCCUGCCACCCAGCCCGCCUGGCUUCCCCCUCCUCGGGAACCUGCGGCAGCUCCGUGAAGGGGCCCUCCAUCUCAUUCUGUCUGGAUGGAGCCGCACAUACGGCGACUUUUUCUCCUACCAUGCCGGUACUCAACCUGUAUUCGUCGUCAGCUCCGCUCAUGCCUUUGAUGAGCUGUUUAAUAAAAAGGGCGCACUGUACAACUCGAGACCUCAGACUUCAAAACAAACUCGUCGCGUGACUGGGGAUUCCAGAGGUGUUGCGUUGCCCUACGGCGAGCCUUGGAAAGACAGAAGAAGAGUUUUGCAGUCGCUCUUGAGUGGGCAGAACACCAAGAUGUUCCAGCCGUACCAAGACUAUGAGAGCAAGAUUGUUCUGGUUAACCUUUUGAAUCAACCGGAGACGUUUUUCAAGGAGGCGGCAAGAUACGCGAGCAGCGUCAACUUUAGCAUGCUACUUGGUGCACGCUUUGAGAAUUCCGACUCCUUCGUUCCAACCAGGAUUCGAGAGGAGAUGAUUCUUUUUUGGCAACAUAUUUCACCCGGAGUGUGGGUCACAGACUGGUUCUCCUUCCUCGACUACUUACCUCCGGCCCUUGCCCCCUGGAGGAAGAGAGCAGACUGGAUGCACCGCCGCUGGGUAAGCUUCUGGUCCCUGUUCUUCGAUCGAAUGAAUGAACGACACAAGAAGGGCAUUGCCCAAGACUGCUUCAUGGCUCGUUUCCUCGACGAUCCCGAUGUUGGACGCUGGAGCCAUAUGGACUCGGUUGGCAUCGUUGCUGAAAUUCUUUCGGCCGGGUCUGAGACCACCAUCGCCUCGGUUCAAUGGUUCUUUCGAGCGGCGAUAUAUUUUCCAGACGCGGCCAAGAGGGCCCAGCAAGAGAUCGAUGCGGUCGUCGGCCCAGACAGACUGCCCGAGUGGCAGGACCGGCCGAACCUGCCCUAUGUCGAAGCUCUUAUCCAGGAGUUGCAUCGCUGGGCUUCCGUCAGCCCACUUGCUGUGCCGCAUGCUACGACAGAGGCAGAUGUGUACAGGGGGUACAGGGUGCCCAAGGGCGCCACCGUCAUGGCGAAUACCUACGCCGUCCACCACGAUCCCAAUUCCUACCAGGAACCCCAUCGGUUCCUCCCCGAGCGGUUUCUCCGUGACGGCCAUCCGUUCCGGGCCAAAGAAAUGGCGAGUUUGUCCAACCAUUUUGCCUUUGGAGUUGGACGCCGGGCCUGUCCCGGGCAACAAGUUGCCAACGCCAGCCUCUACAUUGUUUUAAGUCGUAUCCUCUGGGGGUUUGAUAUCUCGGCAGCGUCCACCGGCCCACCUCGUCUGGAAACAGUCCCAUCCCCGCUCGUGGUUGCGCUCGCACCUUUCGAGUGUUCUGUGACACCGCGCAGUGAAAAGGUGCGACAGUUUAUUAGGAAGCAGUCCGAAGGGCUGACGCCGCCUCCGGAGCUCGAGUCUGCUUCUGUGUAUGGGCAGCUUGUGGCCGAGUGGGAUGAAAGUCACCGCCGAUGA